GAAUUGUUCGCCGUUUCUCGUGCCAACACAUAUUGAAGGACACCGACCAUGGCCACAAGCAAUGAGACCGGACCCAGCGCAUCCUCCCAGCCUGACCUCUCCCAGCUUUCCUCCCAAAUCGACCUCCUGGUCGCCCUGAACCUAUGGUCCUGGCCUGCGCUGACCCUCGCCAUUCAAAAUGCCUGGGGCGGCUCUGCACAGGUCUCAAACGAUAAACGAGACUGGAUGGCAGGCGCUGUUUCGGAGCUCCUGACGUCUACCCCUCCUCAACUCGAAGAUGUUGCUGAUCUGGAGGAAGUUCUUCUACAAGUCAUGGUCGAUGAAUUCGAGGUCGUUGUUGACGACGGCACCGCGGAAGAAGUGGCGCGGAACAUAUGGUCUGGAGCAGCCAAACUCAGAAAUGGAGAUCUUACUGAGCUAGAUCAAAUGUACACAAAAUGGCAAGAGAAGCAAAAGAAGGGUGGCGACAAAGUGGUGGGUAUUGUGCAAGGCGAGGAUAAAGACCAAGACACAGAUUGGGACGAAGAUGACGAAGAAGAGGAGGAAUGGAAUGGUUUCGCUGACAAUCAAGAUGUUGAUAUGGACGAAGCGCCUCCUCUGGUCGGCUCCUCCCAGCCAAAACAAAAGGUCGAACCUGAAGUUGAUGAAGACGGAUUUACCAAGGUUGUGGGCAAGAAGAAGAGAUGAGACUGGUUGGUAUUGGGAGUAUCUUCUCAAUCUAACCCUAGAACUCUUUCUGUCACAGAAGACUCGUCCUGAUACGAAGAGCUCGAUCCUGGCUUCGACGACUGCGCCUACGACUCUUCAACCCCAAGCCUGGUCUGAAAGACUGCGUCAUCAGUGGUCUUCCGGCUCGACCAGCCCAAGCUUCUCGUUCUCGGCCUUACUCCUCUGACUCCAUUCCGGCGGCACAUCGAUACCUUCCUCCUCCUCACGAUCACCCUGCUCCUUAUCCUUAUGCACCGUUGUUGGUUUGUGCUCGGCAGGAGAGUAUACUGUGUACAGAAUGAGAGGCGUAGGGCCCGUAUUGAUGAAUUGAUGCUGAGUGCCGGCGGGAACGAUGAUCAGAUCACCAGCCUUGACGUCCUGGUCGACGCCGUUGAUCGUCGCUUUGCCUUGUCCAGACGUGAAUGUCAGGAUCUGGUCGACGGUGUGUUUCUAAGAGACGGUCAGAGCAAGAAUAACAAUACCGCCUGCAAGGGAGGAGAAGUUAUUGCUCGUUUCAAAAGAGCAGGGACGUACCUCGUCACCAAUCUCUCCAUCUACAGGCACUGUCAUGAGCACCAGCUGGCUGUACAAGCCCGUCCAGAGGACGCGGCGAAACUCGCCAGAUUCGCUGGGUAGCGAUGUCGUCAUGUUCGGAAAGUAAGCCAUCUCAUGCUUCGGCGGAUCCAUCGAGGGAGUAGUGAACUUCAUGGUGGUGGUUGCGAAGUGUCGACUUCCGAGAAUUGACCUUGCUCUUGAGAGGUGAUAUGAGCUUGGAGUUUUGCGAGAUGGGGUUGCUAAAAGGCGAGAAUUGCUCUGUCGGAUAUGUGUGGUGGAUGACGAACGUAGAAUAGAU